CCUUUCAUUUAUUCUCCAAUUAAAUAAACCAACCAUAAUUCAACAACCUACAUGGUCCACAAAACAACCUUAACCAAUCAGAUUUCUCCUGACCCACAUGUCUCCUUCUUCAUCGUACAAGCUUCUUCCUCUCAUCCUCCAUUAGCAUUUUUUGAAGCUCAAAAAAUAGGCAAUUCAGGAAGAUGCAAAAUCUGAAUUGCACAAUCAUUUGUUUUGAUUAUGGAGGAUAUUAUAUGAAAGAUGAGGCUGAAAUAAAAUGGAUCUCGGGAGGUGGUGAAGGAGAAGAUGAAAUCCACACGAUUGUGUUGAGGAAAUCAAUGGAGGAUAUCACUUACUAUGCUUUGGUUGAGCGUAUUUGCAGAAAGAUAAGGGUAGAUGAAUCUAAGGUGCAAGUGAAGAUUAGUUACUUUCCAAUGGUAUUGUAUUCGUACAAGCCAUCAUACAUUUGGAAUGAUGAAGACGUUUUUGGUUAUCUACUGCAAGUAAAUCAUGAGAAGUGUAGAAGUGUUCUACAUGUGGAGUUCAUCAAUGAAGAAGUGCAACUUUUAGAAGAGGAUGAGGAUGGUACUGAGAAUGAUGAAACUGAUGUCUAUGUCGGUCUAUCUGAUAGAGAGGCUAUAGAGGCUGGUGAUGAAGAUGAUAAUGGUGGUGUGCUCACUUUUCACGAAGACAUUGAGAUGCAUGAUGGUGUCAAUCAGAGACGGGAUGAUGGUAUGGAUUUGGUUAUAGGUCAAGAAUUUAUAACCAAGGAGGCAGCAAAAGUUCUUAUUCAAGCAGCGUCGUAUCAGAAAUCUUUUGAAUUUGAUAUAAUUAAGUCGGAUACUAAGAGAUUUGUGGUUAAAUGUCGAGGAGCCAAAGAUGGGUGCAAUUGGUUUGUGCGAGUUGCAAUGUUAAAGACGUCAAAUAUUUGGACGGUUAGAAGUUUCAUCAAGCAGCAUACAUGUUCUGUCGUUACAAGAACACUGCCUGAUAGAGAGGUUGGUGAUGAAGAUGGUACUGAGAAUGAUGCAACUGGUAAUGAAGGUACUGGUGGUGUGCUCACUUUUCACGGAGAGAUUGAGAUGGGUGAGAAUAUCACGGAAAGAGAUGAGCAUGUGUUUGAAGAUACAGAAGUAAGACCAGUAGUUGUCUAUCAGCCACGGGAUGAUGGUACAGGUUUGGUUUUAGGUCAAGAAUUUGGAACCAAGGAGGAAGCAAAAGUCCAUAUUCAGACGGCUUAUCACAGGACCAUAUAUCCUGUUCCUCAUAUGUCUGAUUGGGUUAUACCAGAAGAUGUUAAAGCAAAGAAAAUACUUCCUCCAGAUUUUGACAAGAAGAAAGGAAAACCACAACAAACAAGAUUUCCAUCAGUAGGAGAAUCCCGUGGAAGAGGAAAAAGAGGCAGAGGAGGAGCUAGAGGAGCCAGAGGAAGAGGCAGAGGAGAAGGUAUGGCAUCGUAUUUUGAAUGUGGGAGUGGUUCAGGUACUACCUAGGUUUUACUGGAGAUUACUGGGCUUAUUAUGUGAAAUUUGGAUUACUGGGUUUUACUGGUAUUAUUAUGUGCAAUUUGGAUUACUGGGUUUUACUGGUAUUAUUAUUUGCAAUUUGGAUUAUUGGGUUUUACUGGUAUUAUUAUUUGCAAUUUGGAUUACUGGGUUUUACUGGUAUUAUUAUGUGCAAUCGAAACCAAUGUGUAUCACUACGUUAUGUGUAAUUUAGACUAUCUUUAUAUGAUUAUUUUCAAUUCGUAGGCUACGUAUAUAAUAAAUAUAUAGAUUAGACUAUUUUUGUUAAUUAUUUUCAAUAGUUUAAGAAAAUCUUAACGGUUUCCCAAAAAACUUCCUUAACUUUCAUUGUUAGUAUGUGAAUGGUUAACAAUAUAGUAAGUAGAAUUUUACAAAAUACAUAUUUCUCGUAAAUUGCUUAUGUAAAUGUCUUCUUUGACGAUAAUAAUAGGGUAAAAUCAUUGGUUCUACUACCAAACAUUCUUUUUUGAGAUGGAUUUACUACAAAAACGUAAAAAAUGCCAAAGUAUUACUAUGUGUAUGGUGGUAUUACUAUUACCUUGAAGAUUACCAUAGGUAUUACUAAGUGUUAAAAAUAAUAUUAAAAUAUUUAUGACGGCUGCACGUUUUAAAUGUGAAAUGCAUUUUUCAAUUCGUUUUUUAAUAAUAUAUAUAUAUAUAUAUUUUAGUGUUUACUAAUUUUUUGUAUAUCUUUUAUAGUGUUUUUUGGCGUAAUAAACCCAGUAAAUCUAGUUAUCCAUCUUACUCAUUUUUG